UCGAUACUCACCCACUCGAGGUCGCAGGAAGUGUAAAGCAACGCACCGCUAAGCUCCGCGAUCGACCUAUCAGAGCGGGGUUGUGCGAACAUCAACCCCUCCGAUGCAUUCGGUAAACAUCAUCCACGGCGCCAUUGUCCAUCUGGCUUGCACUCGCACUUCGCGAUUUCCUCUAGGCUCGGGAUGUCGGAUUCUCGGAUGUUGUUCCGAUGAGUGGGAAGUAUGUACGAAAAGUACCUCGUAUGGCUCAGGAAUAAAGGCGAUGGAUUUCCAACUUGGGCGAAGGAACUCCAACCCAUCUACUACCUUUGCUGUUCCACAAGAUUUGACCUAAGGUCGCAACAUUGACAUAUUGCACAUCCUUUCGAUCAAUUGAAGCCACCCACAAUGUCCCUCAAAGACAAAGUCAUCGUCAUCACAGGCGCAGCAUCAGGCAUGGGUCUCGAAACCGCGCGACUCCUCGCCAGCCGCGGCGCGAAGCUCUCCCUCGCCGACGUGCAGGAGCGCCCGCUCCGAGAAAUCGAAUCCGAGCUCUCGAAGUCAGGGGCGCAGGUCAUGGCGCGGGUCGUCGACGUCAGCAAGCGCGGGGACGUGGAGUCGUGGAUCGAGGAGACGGUGCGGGAGUGUGGGAAGCUGGAUGGCGCGGCGAAUCUGGCGGGCGUGAUUGGGAGGCAGAAUAACACGGCGAGGAUUGAGGAUAUCGAUGAUGGGGAUUGGGAUUUCAUUAUGGGGGUUAAUGCGAAGGGGUUGUUGCAUUGUUUGAGGGCGCAGAUUCCGAAUAUGAGGGAUGGGGGGAGUAUUGUGAAUGCUGCGAGUAUUCUGGGGCUUAUUGGGUCAAAAAAGAGCAUUGCGUAUGUUGCGUCCAAGCAUGCAGUUGUUGGAAUGACGAGAGCGGCGGCAAAGGAGUGCGGUGAGAGGAAUAUCAGGGUGAAUUGCUUCUGCCCUGGCCCGAUUGAUACUCCAAUGUUUAGGCAAUCUGCAGAGAUCAGAGGCACGAAGAUGGAUACGAGUUUCCUUGCCCUUGGAAGAGCAGCAGAUCAAAAGGAGGUUCCGCCACUGAUUGAAUUCCUACUUUCAGAUGCGGCGUCAUUCAUUACGGGGAAUGCGAUGCCAAUAGAUGGUGGAUGGUACUGUUGAUAGCGGUAGCAUUCAAGUUUCUAUAUUAUAUCAACAUCUCAGGAUAUGAUCUAAUUAGCGAUGUACUCUCUUGUACUACUUGCCUGUAGUAGCCCAACAU